UUUAACCUGGGUUAGAGUAAUUGAUACCGUGCUCAGGCGAGUCACUGGAAAAGCACCAUAAAGAGAAAGAACUCACCUCUAAACCUCACAAACAGCUCACAAAUGGACACAAACCCCCCCUGUUAGCUAAGCUUGUGUCAGAGGCAUGGCGGCAUCUUCAGGACUCGGAAAGGAGCCGCAGUGAGAGGAACGGAGACCCGGAGAAUCCACGGUCGGGAUUAAUCAGACGUUCGUAAGGGGAGGCCGGACGAAGACGGGAGGGAUGGAGUGCGGCGAAACCUUUCUGAGUGCGGCCGGGGAUUUGGAGCUGGACCCGGAUAUCGUGAGCGAGGAGGCGGGGAAACUGUACUCGGAGUUACAGUCCGUGGUGGAGACUCACGGCGCGGACGUGGUGGAAUCCCUGCUCCCUAUACUGGUGUGGGUGCUGGAGGGGCUGGCUAGCUGUCGGGCCCAGCUGAGGGAGAGAGAGCAGACGUCUGAGAAGGAGAAGAGAGAACGUGUGGAGCUGCUGGAGAGGUACGAGAGGGAGAGGACGCAGCGGAGGGAGAGUCAGGAGCGCUUUUUGGAGCUGGACGAUCAGUUCGAGCAGGAACGGAGGGCGAUGCGAGCUCGGGAGAAAGAGCGCGAGAGGAGAGAGCGAGAGCUGGAGAAGAAAGCCAGAGAGCAAGCCGACCAGCUGGUGGCUUUGGAGGAGCAAAAAGCAAGCGUGGCUAAAGAGCUAAACACGCUGAAACAUGCGCACAGUAAGUUAGUGCUGAACUAUCGGGAUCUGCUGGAGAGGAAGAAGGAGUUUGAAAGGGAGGGGUCUCCUCUGAGGAAUCACAUCCGCUCCAAAAGUAUAGAGCCACCUGAAGAAAGCGCAGUAAUACAGACUGGACCAGCUCCUGAAGUCGUGUCCGGUCACAGCUCGUCAGAAACACCGGCUGCCUUGGACCGCAGGGCGAUUACAGAGGAAUCUAAGAGCGAUUCGUUCAUUCAUGACAUUAUCAGCUCCACUCCUGAGCUGGCGCAGCUGCAGGGCCUGGUCGAUGCCAGCACCCCCGUCCGAGCAGAAAGCGGUGCACUAAACUGCAGUCUGGAGGACGAGAUGAAACCAGGACAGCGGACGGACGCGGGUCAGGAGGGCGACGAGAAGAACGAGGAGGAGAAAAACGAUGAAGAGAACCUGGACAGUUUGGAAUGGGAGAUGAGAAAUACAGACUCGGUGUUCUCCGAGCUCUCAGAACUCAGUCAGGAGUACAUAGAGAGCGUGGAUCAGGGAGUCAGUGUCCGAGGCAGCUCAGUCCAGUAUGAGGAGAUUCUUUCACAGUAUGAGGAACUGAAAAGCACCCAUGAGCUGGUGGAUGCGGCGCGCAAGGCUCUGAUCUCACGUGUAGAAGAACUGACCAAUGAGAGGUCUGCGCUCAACCUGGAGCUCACGUCCUGUCAGGAAACCAUCAACCGACUGGAGGGAAAAAACAAAGAGGUGGAAGAAGAGGUCAAACGGCUACGCCAAGAACUAGAGGCGUCGCAGGCCGAGGACUCUGAUUCCUCUCUGUCCGGCUCGACCCGUAGUUUCUCUCGUUCUGAGAUGGCUCGGGUGGUCAUGGAGAAGAACCAGUACAAGGAGCGUCUGAUCGAACUACAGGAGUCUGUGCGGCGCUCUCAGGCUCUCGGGGUGACUAAGAAUGAAAAGAUCUCUGAGGAUAACAGGAGCAGCGUGUGGAAGAGGUUCAACCGUUUUCUGGGUUUAAGUAAAGAUCAGAUGGCUCCCGCAGCAGCUCUGGCUCUCGCCGUGCCCCCGGCGCCCUCCCCGAGCAGCUCGCCCGUUGGUUCGCCACGCCAUCUGUCCGUAGACGUUCCACAGACGAAGUCCUCCUCGUCCCCCAGGCUGAGGAGGAAGGAGACGUACCGGGAGAUCCGCUCUCACGUGUGGAGAACUCUGGGUAAACAGCAGAUGCACGGCUGGAGCGUUCCUCUGUCACACGCGGAUCCGCAGAACACUCGACCAGCUCAGGAUCCAAAAGACGUUCCGGUCCUCGUACAGUUAAGACUGCUGGAUCAGAGAGACCCGUCUGCUAAGCUGACCUGCGCUGUCACCGUCCCACCAGAGGUGUCAGGAGAGCAGAACUGCUCCGUCUGGGCGAUCACCGGCCCCGCCUGCAGUAGUGACGUCACCGUGAUCGACCCGGCGCGCUCCAACACCAUUCUGGAUCAGUUCAGCCUCCCGCCCACCUCUCCGGCUCUGUGCGUUUGUGCGGUGCCUCCUACUGGUGAAACUUCUGGAACUGUGUGGAUUGGAACGCAGGAUGGAGGGGUGCUUGUUCACUCCGCCUCGGCCUCUAAGAGGCGCUGUUUACAGUCCAUCAGUCUCUCCGAGGGCGUUCACUCUCUCACGUUUUCACCAGGUCAUGUGAUCGCUGGACUGGGUAACGGGAUGCUGGCGUUUUUCAGUCAGAGUUCCGGCGGAUGGGACCUCCAGUCUCAUAAGUCUCUCUCUCUGGGCGUGUCCCCGCUGCAGCCCGUACGCUGCGUCCUGGCGAGGGGCGGCCGGCUCUGGGUGGGGUACUGGAACAGAGUCUUCAUGAUUGAUGUCCAGAAUCAGUCAGUGGAGAAAUCCUUCAUGGUGUCGCAUCGGAGUGAGCAGCAGGUUCGCUUCCUGUGUCCGGCAGGAAGUGGAGUUUGGGCUUCAUGUCGGCUGGAUCCCUGCCUCAGGCUGUUUGAUUGGACGACUGGACGGCCGCUACAGGAAGUUGACCUGACGCCCAUGAUUACUAAAUCCUUAGGAAAUGCCUUCCUGUCUCUCUCAUCUCUCCAGAUUUCUGCCAUGUCUGUGAUCUGUGGGCGUCUGUGGGUGGGCACAGGAAGUGGUGCUAUAUUUUCCAUCCCACUGUCUCUCAGUUCUGAGUCCUCCAUCCCGUACUGCUCUCUGGCUUCAGCUCAGCUCUGCUUUCACGGUCACCGCCAAGCUGUUAAAUUUAUCAUCUCAGCUCCAGGCUGCCGCAGUGUUUCUGCAUCUACACCCGGUGCUGCCUCCCAUCUCAUUCUCAGCGGUGGUGAGGGCUACAUCAACUUCCGGAUCGGAGAUGAAGUCAGUGAUGGAACGGGUGAAGGAGUCCCACAGAGAUCGGAACGCAGCCACAUGAUCAUCUGGCAGAACCAGAACCCGUCAGUUCCCAGUUCCUCACUUUAACAAGGGUGUAACCUAGUGAUGUCAAGGGCAGUGUUAUUUAUUCCUUUGGUUGUCUGACUUGUGUGUAUUAGUGACUUGUACGUAAAAGGGAAGCUCGAAUAUCAGGGGUGUUAUCGACCUGGCUGGGCAUCCAACACGCACAAAUGACUGCGCCGGAGGGAGGGAGGAAGGGAAUGCGGCAGCAAGUGCGACCUCUGCUGGCUGCUCCAGGCAUGUGCACAAGGAGUGGGGGGUCAUGAAAUAGCAAAGCGUGGCUAUCAGUACGCCAUACGGCUCUCUGGCCACCGAUUGCAUGCAUGUGUAUGCGGCAGAGGGGGGGAUGCAAAAAACGUAUACGAAUAAAUAAAAAACGAGCUUUAUACCUUUUAUAUCAGAUAGUUAUGAGGUCUGUUUAUUAUAUUAUUUACUGAUAAUAUGAUACUUUGAUAAGCUCAUAUGAUGUAUUACUCAGGAAAAUCAGCAAUGGAAUCAAAGAGUGGGUUCGGUUUUGUGGCCUUAUCUUUAAGUUGACAUAAAACGACAUGUAUCGGCUUUUAUUUUUAUUUUUUUUAUUAUUAUUGUGUGCUGAUUAGUAUUGCUGUGCUCUUUUGUGUUUUACACACACACACACACACGUGACAAUCAACUACUGUAGUACGGACACCAUCAUUCUACUUCUACUUUAUCCUCCGGGUCGGUGUCCGCUUUUGAUUCUCCGACUUUGUAUCGUGUACGAAGAUUCUGGUUUACAUUCAUUUAAUCAAUCUAUGCAAAUCCACACAUCCGCAGAGCAACUGCUCGCAUCGGUCUCGCUGCCGAAGCCUUUGUGAUGGAGGCGGGUUCAGACUCGCCCCGCCCGAGAACAUACAGCUCAGAUUUACCCAAGUACUCGUGUUUUUAUAACUGGAACAUCAGCAGCGUGUUUGUGAAACUGGAGAUUUGUUUGUGAUUUGCUGUAAUUGCUUUUAUUGAACAGAAAAACACUUCAUGAUCUGUUGAGAACUGGACAUGCUGGUUAACCUUUAUGUGAGGACGUCAUACUGUAUUAUAAAUGUUUAAAUUACCGGUGUAUAUACAGUCCUAUUUAUUUAAACAAUCUCUUGUAUGAUGCUUUAAUCAAGAUUCAUCAACAUUAAAAUUAAAGCUUCA